AACGUGCCUGUGUGUAUGAAGGGCCCAUAGUUGAUAACGUACUGUGUGUAGCGUGUUGUCUACUGUGCUGACGGCAGCAGGCGCUUGCAUUUCUGCGAGGGCUUAAACCGCGACCCUUUCCGCUUUGCGGAGGCUCAGGCAAUUUCCGUUACGAAAGAAGAGGCUCCCCUUUACCGGGACCACUGGCCGGGAAUCGCCUAAGAGUGCUAACCCCGCGCUGAAAACCCCAGUCGAACACUUGCCUACGCCAGGGUCAUUGACGGAUCCCGACAAGCACGUAGUCUUAAGCUCUCUACUUAGAUAAAGGUUUAUUAUAAGCAAGUGACGGCAAGCAUCAUUCACGUACCUUUUCAAUCUGUAGUCACGAGACCAUCAAAAAUUUGCACGGUUUCCGCGUGGUUCAUUUCGCAGGUGUGUUUCUAGUGCUCAUUAUUUCGGUAAUACGUUGUUUUCGUAGGCUGCUGAAAUUGUUUUUUGUCAGUUUGUCCACUAUCGAAGGCUAGACAGAUUACGUGUGUCAAACGUGUGUUCUCGACGGUAUACAAACCAGGACAGAAGGACCACUUACCCUGAAAGAAGGUGUUAGAAUCCUUCAGGUUAUCAUUCUACUCUACACAGUAGUGCAUUUUGUUUCUGCACAGCCAAUUUGCUGCUCGUUAUGCAGCCUAUAGUCCUGAGUUGUGUGGCUCUAGUUGCCCUCGUAGGCGUACAAUGUGACCGUGUUUUUACUGGCGGCCUAACUCAGGUUGGUACGGCGCUGGCUGAACGAUCUGCUGCCUCCCUACUCUCAAGGACGCUUUCGAGCUUUGCGCGAGCCACUAAACGCAGUCAUGAGUCGAAUAAAGACCAAGAGUAUACAAAGGACGUUAGCGUUCCAGCACAUCAGCUUCUGGAUAACUCAACCCCACCAGUAAUGACAGCUUCCGCAUCGAACCAACAAGCCAUUAAGACAAUAACCGGUUCGUUAACGCCAAAUCGAAGUGAUGGAUCGCGUUUUUCAUAUAGCACAGCGUGGGGGGCCCUUCCCGAAUGUGCGGCACAACAGGUAUGCAGUGCCCUAUACGUCCGGCUUAAUCGGACCCAACCACUAUGUCAGUGCUCGAGCGGGCAGUUUAAGGAGCCCUGUUCAACAACUGAUUACGUCGAUGAACACUCCAUCAAAUUAAUCUCUUCUAGCGAUAAGAAAAAGGCCUACAACCUCGUCAAGGUGUGCGAGCCCGUUAUGUCGAUCCGACGAUGCAAGUCGCCCCAAGAUUGGCAGCUGCUUGCAUUGCAGUCGACGCGUACUGAACCUACAUCCUGCGUAACAUCUCAGCACAACAAUUGUUUUUACCUCGUGAUAUCGUGGCUUGACGUAAAAUGCUAGGACCAGGUGAGGCACCUAUUCCGCUAGGAUAGAACGACGACCAAAAACAAUGUCAUUAGACAGUUACUGAGACAUUAGAAGUGCGUGCGGAAGGUAAGAAUAACCAUUUUUCGUAAACGUUUAGACGAAACUGAGUAUCGUGCAGCACCGAGGUAAAUGUUCCGCUAUCGUUUGCCAAAACCGUUUUAUUGAAUGUCUGUUACAGACCAAUGGAAGAUUUCUUAUCACGAUCUAGUUAAUGUUGUUCUUCUUAACCUAUAAUGUUUCACUAAUGCCCUAUCAUUUACUACGUACUCAAAGGCUGCAUAUACGUAAUACGUGCUACUCACAUGGCGGCUGGGCCUUCCAAAACGUUCAAUGAGAUUAUGCUGAUAAUGGCCUCGCAAAGGGUUAGGCGGCAACCUGUAAAGCUAUCGAGUCAAUCCGGUCUGUACAUAUAUUAACCCCCAGCAAGGCGGCGGCGAUCAGGAGCAUUGCAGUCAAUCGCUUUCAAAAUUAGGUCUCGGCCUCAAAUGGUUUUAUGAGAGUCGGAAGCGAACAGAACCAAAAAACAUACGGCUUUUAUAUGUGCCAGUACAUUUUUGUCCAAUACGUGGCUGCUAAUUAUACUAAAAUUUGCGUUUCAAUCAGUAUUCUCCCAAAGACCUUUUGUGAUGAAAUUCUUGGCAAGAAAGACCGAUUCCCCCGUACAAGCGUUCAGGUUUCUACUGUCUAUCCCUGUCUGUUUUUCCCAAGGCAGAUACGUGAGUAUGAUUGCCAAUUCAACUAACAACUUGAAAAGAGAGGCAAUUAGUAUUGUUGAUUUUAUUUUUUGACCAUUUUAAAUAAAUACAUUUCGCAUGGUACUUUUUAAAGCUUCUGUACUAAAACACUUUAACAGGAUGUUUGAGCUGUACACGUGCUGUCCUAGUCCUAUUCGUACCUGAGCGAGACUCUGCCGGUUAUGCCCUGAAGAAUUCUAUUAUUUUCUACUUUUCUAUCGAUAAUCGAAACGUACUGAAUAAUCAAUUGUUUUCUGAUUUAUUCGUUCCCGGCAAUUCGUUGGUUGAAUUCGACUACAAACCCUUAACAACGAUGCGGACGUGGGCGUGACAUUCUCUGCAAACCAUAAUACAGACAAGGAUCUACCGCCCGUCCCUUGGGAUCGUGUGUUACACCUCGCCCGUCAGUCCGGUCUCACAAACAUCACGUUACCUUUCAGCUAAAUCAG